GUGGGAAAGAAAUAUAGGCCUCCAUUGACGGCCGAAUGAAGCGUCGUAUCAUAUCCAAAUUUUUGCAGCCGAAGCCAAAGAUUGAACACAAUAGCAGUAUAUGGUUUAAGAAGUUGCGCACACUCCACAGAAGGCAUAAAUCUAAGAAACCUGCUGGUGCCAGUGGUGUCGAAAUGGAACCAACGAAUUUGCAAAACUUGAAUUCCAACGAAGUCGAAAGGGAAUCAACAGAUUUGCAAAUCUUGAAUGCCAGUGAAGUGGAAACUGAUGGUCCGGCGCUGAAUUCUGAUGUCAUCGUCAUCGGUGAUAACGAAAAGGAGAAUGACUAUAAGAGCGAAGAUGAUGAUAUCGAGUUGCAACAAAUUCUCUUCUAUUCAGCUCAGUUUCAUUCAGGUAAGAACUUGGAAUCAAUCUCUAAUAACUCCACUGGUAAGAAAGUUGUAGAAACGAAGCAUUCUGUUAUUAAUCUGGAGAAUAGUAUUCGUGAAAAGGGGGAAUCUUCAUGUACUUUCUGUGAAAUCUGUGAAGAUGCAUUUCCGCAGCCAAACACAUUGAUUCAGGGCACCAAUUGCGAUCAUCAUUACUGUGAAGAAUGCAUACAGAAUUAUAUAGGUAAAGAAAUCAACAAGGAUAUUAAUAAUGUGCUGAUGAAGUGCCCUGUUUCCGAUUGCAUGGGAAUUUUGGAUCUCGAAUCAAUAGUGCCAGUUGAAUUUCUUAUUCGAGUAGGAGAUGCAUUUCGAGAAACGCAAGUUCUGGCUUCGCCAAUGGUUGUUGAUUGCCCUUUUAUGGAUUGUACUGGGACAUUCGUUGAUGACAAAAGGGCAUAUCCGAUUAGGGCAUGUCCCAAGUGCUGGAGAAUUUUCUGUAUCAAAUGUAGAGAUUUGCAUUUGGGAAUGACAUGUGAGGAUUAUGAGUAUAAAAGGCAAUUGAAUUUCUUCUACUGGAAGCAACUUGGAGGAUAUCAUGAUGAACAAGAAGGAGGAGGAGGAGGAGAAGAAGAUGGGGAGGAAACUCCAUGAUCAGAAACUUCCAUUGAUGCGAAAAAAGGUCAAACUUUGUUUCCCUUGAAGACAUAACAGAAAUUAGACUUCUCAUUUACUUUAUAUGCAGUGUCUUUUGUUGGUGAAAAAACAAUAUGCAGGGUCUUUUAUUAGUUGUGAAGUUGGUGAAAAAACAAUAUGCAUCUCCAAUUUGUUAGGAAUUGUGAGAAUUUAUGUUUCUAAUAGUAUGGCUGCUGAGUUGGACUAGAAAUAGUUGGGCUCCUAGUGGUGGAGGCCGAUUGUCCAAUGUAAGUUUAGCCCAAAAUGCAAAAUCUUCUAUUUUGCAAACAAAUUGUUCUAUUUUAUAUCGAGUCCAGGUCCG